AUAUCAAAAAACACGACUGAAUAUCAGCUUUUUAUGGUGACACAAACUAAACACAAACACCAAACACAUCAACAUCACAUAACCGACCAUAUAAAAUAAGUGAACGACAACGAACGAACGAACACGAACACAGAUUCACAGAUAGCGCAGGAUUUGUCAAAAGUCAUGUUCCACCAAUCACAAUGCCGACAUCAGCGCCUCUGACUAAACGGAAGGAAAAUAAAUACGAUUACAUGUUUUUUAUUAGAGUUAGCGGGGCAUGCAACACACGGCCUGAAUAUUGAAAUUUGGCAAUGUGCAUUGAAGUCCUGUAAGUGUAAACAUAUCUCUGCAUAGUUAUUCCGUGCUUUAUGUGGCUGCAAAAUAUAAAUAUAUACUUCUAUCUUCUUCUUUUAUUCAGCUGUCAUGAAUGUCAUUUGCUUGCAUUUGUGUUUUGAUUUGAUUAUGGUAGGGGGUGGGGAGUUCGAACUUGUAAAUUUAUAGGAAUUAUUAGGUAAAAACAAUAAUAAACAAAUGAUUUAUGAAUUAACUACCAGUCAGAAUAGUUAUAAUAUAAAGGAAUUAAAAUAGUUAUUGUCGUAGAAAAACAUUUUAGAAAUAUAUAACCACUGGAACAAUCAUGGCUAGUCAAAUACAAAAGGUGUUAAAACAAGCCCUUCUAACGUUCACAAAUAGUUCGCCUGUUCACUUUAUAGCAGGUCUGGAUAGUUUGGCGUCUGUAUUAGAUAAAACUACAGCAGAAGAUCUAAAUUUUGAUAUAACUGCAGCCACCAAAUCUGAGGAAGGCGCUCCUGUUACCUACAUUGACGUCUUUGAAGAUUCAACAUUAACCAUGGGCAUUUUUGUUCUACAAAAAGAUAAAAAGCUUCCUCUACACAACCACCCUGAGAUGUACGGGCUCAUAAAAGUGUUAGCUGGAAAAAUAAUGGUGAAGAGUUACUCCAUAAACACGCCAGCAACUAUAGAAGCUGAUACGAGAAGUUGCAAAGACAAUCAAACAGGUUCUGGCUCAAAUAUUAUGUUAAGUCCCGACAAAGGUAAAAGGAAACGUUUUGUAACAGCAGAAUUUGUUAGUAGUGAUAUCAUCGGAGUGGACAGUAAACCUUGUAUAUUAGAUCCAAAUAAAAGAAACAUUCAUGAAAUCCACAGCGUAGGUGGUCCAGCUGCUUUUAUAGAUAUCCUGGCGCCUCCAUACAAUACUCUUAUACCUGGGGUAGGACCCAGGUAUUGUUCCUAUUACAGUAUUGUUACCAUCUUGCCGAACGUUUCUAAUGUUUAUCGACUACAAGAGACAAAAAACCCUUCUUGGUACUGGACUGAUACUGCUCCAUACUUGGGACCUGAUCCAACGGCUAAUAUGAACAUAGAGAGUGAAUCUGUGUGAUGUGCUAUGUUGUUGAUUGUUUUGUUAUUUCAAUGUGAUAUACUGUAUCAUAAUAAGUUAUCAUGUUGCACUUUUUCUUAUGCAUUGAAUGACACAUGUUACUUUAUAUGAAAAUUUAAUAAAAAUUUUAUCCCAUA